AUGGAGAAUGUACCGUGCAAUGUCAUAUACGUCGAUCGGUCCGUGUCGCGGGACCGCAGCAUCAAGGCCGGCGAGCAUAUCCGCGAAGCAAAUGCGCCUGAGGUAGAACCGGUGCAUGUUAUAGAAAAUGCUGCACUUCUUUUGGACGUGUUUGACCAAGUCCAUUUGUGCAGCACCGGAGACGCAUGCCUGUCCCAAUGGCUGAGUCUCCAAGAGACUUCGAUGGCCGCCCUCAAGCCGACUGUGUUCGUAUUGAACACCCCUCAUCAAGACGACGACAUUCCCGAGUGGUCCCGCUCGAGGUCUCCCUCGCCGCCAUCCCUGAUUGCCGACGCUAGCGAGAACCAAGAGGAGGAACUCUAUGGGCUGGCAUUGUUGCGGAGGAUCAUUUCGGAGUCGUAUGUGCGCAAUAUGUCCAAGCUUGUUGUCACGGUUCCCAUAGUUGCCACCGCGUCUGGCGGUCAUUCGGGAGCCGGGAAUGGGACGAGCGAGGCCAGGGGCCGCACUGUCGAUAAGAGGAUGUUGAGAAAGUGCCUCGAUGUGGGUGCGACGGAUGUCAUGACGAACCCCAUGAACGCCAAGUGUGUCACCAGCCUCGAAAUUCAUGCCUACCGCGCCCAACUAGACGCUGCUCAGGAUCAGAAGGCGUUGGUGGACCUCCGUCGGGGCCGAAAACGGUCGUGGGUUGGCAUCUGCGAGGAGAAACCAUUCGCGUAUCUGCGGGAAGCCAUGGUUUCGAAGCUCAUGGGUCGGAUUUGCCGCAUCGGGAGCGAGACUGACGAGGUGGCUUGUAGCAUCAAGCUGUCCAUCACCGCUGAGAAGCAGGCCGAGGUCACGUCCGCAGUCGGCCAAUGGCACUUUUGCGCUCAUGAUUUCACCGAGGACGAGCUUGUUGUGGCGGCUUUAGUCAUGUUUAAGCACGCAUUGUCAAUGCCCGAACUGGAGCCUUGGCGGAUACCAACAGACCGGCUACACCGCUUUCUUCUCGCCUGCCGGGCGGCUUACAACACGUUUGUCCCGUAUCAUAACUUCCGCCACGUGGUUGAUGUCCUGCAGGCAACCUUCCAUUUCCUCGUCCGCAUUGGCGCACUACCACCCUACCGCUCGGCCGAUGGUCUGCUGUCCGCGGCUUGUCGCAAGUCGCCAAUCGCAGAGCUUCUUCGCCCGUUCGAGGCCUUAACCCUUCUCAUCACGGCCAUUGGUCACGAUGUCGGGCAUCCCGGUGUGAACAACGGCUUCCUGGUGACACUAAAUGCGCCACUCGCCCAGCUGUACAACGAUCGUUCUGUUCUCGAAUCGUUUCACUGUGCUGCCUACUCGCAGAUCUUGCGGCGGUACUGGCCCGAAACCUUUGACGACAGCAAGAUGCGCCACUUGAUGAUCAGCUCGAUCCUAGCCACGGAUAUGGGACUGCACUUUGACUACAUGAGGAAGCUAGGCGAUUUGCAAGGGAAGUUGCGUCCCAAUAACUCCACCGAGGAUUGGGACGAAGGGGUGAAGAACGAGCAAAAGGCGUUGACAUGUGCCCUUCUCAUCAAAUGCGCAGAUAUCAGCAAUGUUACUCGACGGCACGAUGCUGCCAUCCAAUGGAUGAAGAUCCUGUCCGAGGAAUUUUCGCGACAGGCUACCAUGGAAAACGAGCUGGAGAUCAAGACAUCGUUAAUGUCGGAGCCGAAGCAGGACAAGCUGUCACUGACCACUUCACAGCUGAAGUUCAUGAACUUGUUUGCCCUACCGCUUUUCCAGGGCGUUGCAGACAUCCUGCCCGCGAUGCAGUACUGCGUCGACGAACUCUUCUUGAACAAGGAAUUGUUUGACCGGUCUCUACUCGACGAACAAAAGCGGCAGUCACCUACCGAACCGGCUCCACGGGACAAUGGCCUCGAUCUCUCCCCGAAAUCGAUAAAUUUCACGACCUCUCCAGAUCCGGCGACAGAAGCGCAUCCCGCCAAGGGGGAUAUGGGCUCAGUGCCAAAGGUCGUUGAACCCCAGAUGUCAGAACCAGCUAUUCCUCCCCAGCAGGCGGAUACUUUCCAAAGGCUGUAUCCGAGCCCCAGGCGGCCAACGGAAGGACGGAUAGUAAACGACAUUGUCACCAGCUUCUCCCCAACCAACGACUUCACCCAAAACGGAACCUUCGCCGUCAACGGUAGCGUCCAACAACACGGCCACACUCGCCAAAAGUACAGCGAGGCAACGGAGGGUAGUUCGGCACCCAACAGUGGCGACUGGGCAUCGCAAGCAACAAGCGCCACGACUGGAAGGAUGCCGCUGUCGCCGAGCACCCAAGGCACUAGUAUAGUGAGCCGCGAUUCGUUUGAGCGACCCCACAGCCACAGUACCAGCGUGCCCGUUCCGAGCUUGUCGGCACCCGAUGAAUCGCCUACCACCGUUCCGGUGUCGGCUGCUACAACUCAGAGCAAAGCAGACGCGAAUGCCCCUGGCUAUCCGCCGCCUCCACUGACGCUAGAUGGGGAACAUGACGCGCUUCAAAACGGCCACUAUCACCAUCAAUACACGAACGGCGCGGCGUCGAAGAGGAACGGCGGGCCCGAGCCGGUUGAUACAGCCAACCGGCAGCUUAAGAAAAAGCCGAGCCGAUUCCGUAUCAAUGGGUUCCAAAACCUUUUUAGAAAACAUAAGAACUCGAGUCCGCCGAUGCAGGCGGCUGAUACGGCCGGGUAG